AUGAGUCACUCAAAUCUUGAUAUUGUCAAGACUGUCGAUUCGUUCCCGUGUCCCGGGGACCAGCCCGAGACGCCCAACUCCUACGUGCACUUCCGUAUAGCUUCACACCCGGGCGUCACGUUUGGAUAUGUUCUCCCGUCUGUCGCCCUGGCCCUAGCCAGCUUGCCGAACUGGAUUUUCGACCGGCACUGCAGCCCGAGGACUCUCACACUGGUUGGUGGCCACGACGAUGCUACACGAACGGCCAUUAUGAUGGAAACGACACUGGGCAUGCGAUCGUCGGGCCGUUUCAAGAACCUCGAAAAGUGGCGAGACGAAUUGCUGCCGGUCUACGGCCCAGACGCGGAGUUGCUCUUCAGCAUUGAACGCAGCGCCUGCCCGCUAUUCGGAGUUGUCACAUAUGGUGUGCACAUGACCGCCUAUCGCUGGAACGCCGAUAAGGACCGUGAGGAUUCAAUGGAGAUUUGGGUACCGCGGCGGUCCAGGGACAGGGCAAAAUAUCCCGGGAUGCUCGACACAUCGGUCGGUGGAGCACUUGCUACCGGGGAGACUCCGUGGUCGUGCUUGAUCCGGGAGAGCGAGGAGGAAGCAUCGUUAGGAGAGGAAACCGUCAAAAGAGCCACAGCAGCCGGGGAUAUAACAUUCUUCAACCUUUCCGACGAGGGAUCUGGAGGCGAGGAGGGGUUGGCCCAACCCGAGCGCAUGUACAUAUUUGAUCUGGACCUGACAGGUUCGCCACUGGACACCCUGGCGCAAAAUGAUGGCUCGGUCGAGGCUUUUGAGCUGCUGACGGUACCCAAGGUCAAGCGGGCGUUGUCCCUGAAGGAGUUCAAACCAAACAGUGCCUUGGUGUUGAUAGAUUUCUUAAUUCGCCAUCGACAAAUUACGCCCGAGGACGAGCCGGAUUAUCAAGACAUUUUGUUACGGUUGCACAGAAACCUGGAAUUCCCUGUCCGUUGA